AUGCGAGGUGAAUUUAAUAGCCUUAAAAGUUUGAUUUUGAAGGAGAAUUCUAGUGCUCAUUAUAUCCAUUGUUUUGCUCAUCAACUCCAACUCACACUUGUUGCUGUUGCUAAAAAGCAUUCAAGUAUAGGUUCUUUUUUCAAUACUAUUACUCGUUUGGUCAAUGUUAUUGGAGGUUCUUGUAAACACAGGGACAUGCUUCGAGAAAAACAACUAGAGAAAGUGUUUGAAGGAAUUGCAAAAGGUGAAAUAAAAACUGGACAAGGUCUUAAUCAAGAAACGAUUUUGGGAAUCACACAUGAGUUAUCACAAGUUUUACAGAGAAGGGAUCAAGAUAUUGUAAAUGCUAUGAAUCUAGUUAAAGUCUCAAAAUGUCAUUUGCAAGUGAUAAGAGAAAAUGGUUGGGAAUCUUUGUUACUUGAGGUAUUGGAAUUUUGUGGUAAAUGUGAUAUAACUGUAUUAGAUAUGGAGGAUGUCUAUGUAGCCAGAGGGAGAUCAAGGCGUAGAAGUGAAGAAAUGACAAAUCUUCAUCAUUAUCGCGUUGAGUUAUUUUAUUAUGUGAUUGAUAUGCAGUUUCAAGAACUUAAUAAUCGAUUUGAUGAAGUGAAUACAAAUUUGCUUUUAUGCAUGGCAUGUCUCGAUCCUAAGGACUCAUUUUCUGUAUUCGAUACUAGCAAAUUGAUUCAACUCGCAAAAUUUUAUCCAUGUGAAUUUUCUCCAGUUGCUCUAAUUGAACUUGAAUAUCAACUUGAGAACUUUCUCUUUGAUAUGCAUAUGGAUAAGAAAUUUUUUGAAGUGAGUAGAAUUGGAGGUCUUGCUGAGAAGAUGGUUGCUACAAAAAAGCAUAUUGUUUUUCCUUUAGUAUAUUUGUUAAUCAAAUUAUUAUUAAUCUUGCCAGUUGCUACAGCGACAGUGAAAAGAGUUUUUUUUGCAAUGAAUAUCAUUAAAAGUUUACUUCGUAAUAGAAUGGGAGAUGAGCUACUAAAUGAUUGUUUGGUGACUUACAUUGAAAUGGAUGUAUUUCCAAGUAUUGACAAUGAAGUUAUUUUGGAUAAAUUUAAGUCAAUGAAAAAUAGACGAGGAUUAUUGUAA